AUGAACUUGAAAUGCUUUUUAACCCUGACCGCAGGUUGGGAUAACGUGCGAGGGGAGGUGCAGUGGAGGGAGGAGGGGGAGGAUGAUUGGGAAGAGGGGGAGGAGGAGGAGGAGGAGGAGGAGGAGGAGGAGGAGGAGGAGGAGGAGGAGGAGGGUGAUGGAGGGGAGCAGGUAGAGGAGGAGGAGGAGGAAGAGGGAGACGAUGGGGAAGAGGAGGAUGAUGAAGUGGUGGAGGUGCGGGCAGGAGGAAGCGGGAAAGGAGAGGCAGAGCGGGAGGAGAUGGGAGGGGUGAGUGGAGGGGUUGGAGAGGUGGAGAGUGGAACGGUGAUGAGUGGUAGGGAACGAGAAGGGGAAAUGCGGGGCACCAGGCUGGGAAGGGGGAGUUUUGCUUACGGUGCUUGUACUGACAUGGCUCGUGCUGACGUGGCCCGUGCUGCUGUCAUGGCCGGUGCAAGCGCGGAUGAGAGGGACGAGUACCCUGCGAGGCUGGCAGCGCGGAUCGCUGACAAAGUGGCGAGUAGGAGGGAGCAAGGCGGCACAUAG